AUGCCGAACGACCGUUACGACUUACGAAAUUCAAAAAAGUCAGAUUCUAGCGAAGAGGAUUUGUUUCACGACAGCGUAAUGAGCGACGAGGUAAAAGACCAACUGCAGAUGGUGCAAAAUAGCAUCGAAGUUUUGCAAAAUGCAAUUAUUCCACUAUGGUUUGCUCAACUGGAGCGAGCAUUUCGACUCAGUGAUAUCACAUCAGAUAUCGAUAAAUUCGACUGGGUUACGAUUCAUCUGGAGCACGAUAUUUUGUUAACUGUCGAAGAUCUUAUAACACAGCCGCCCGCAGAUAAUCGCUACAAUAUUCUCAAAGGCAGGCUCCUGGCAAAAUAUUCUGAAUCGGCGGAAAGUAAGCUGCGUCGCCUGCUGCAAGGUGGAGACACUGCUGGAAUGAAGCCGUCUGAAAUUUUAUCGCACAUGAAACGACUCGCACCUGACCCGGGGAGUGCCGCAGUCAUACGAACAUUGUUUUUGGGACAAAUGCCUAGUUCGGUUCGACCUCUGUUGACUGUGUGGAAAGAGGAUAACCUCGAGCAGCUAGCGCAAAUCGCUGACAAAAUGUUGGAAGCGGUUAACUCGAACUCCAUCAACAUGAUAGCUACACACGGGGCUGAGUUGUAUGCUCAAGCCCCCACAGUUAAUGCCAUAGCUAACGAGAAUACCCCAUUAACAGAAAUCGCUAGCACACUCAAAUCACUUGCCGUUGCUGUUAAACAACUUCAAAGUGAUGUCAAAAUUUUGAAACGAAAUCCAUCUCAACGAUCAUCAUCCAAGGGUCGUUCUCCUAGCCGUAAUACACCAAGUACUAGUGACCAAGCUGAAGCUGCUCAUUUCCUCGUGGAUUCGGGCUCAGUGGUUUCUGUCAUUCCACGUAACUUCGUCAAGACGGCAGUUAAAUCAAAAUCACUUCAACUCUAUGCAGCUAAUCAAACAGCAAUUCAGACCUACGGAAACCAUGUGUUACAACUGGAGCUGGAAUUGCGACGAGCAUUUAGUUUGGCAUUUAGUUAG